AUGCCCGCCCCGAUCACUCCAGGGCGUGUUUGCCUGAGCCUGGUCGCCGGCGUCCUGGGACCAGGCUGCUUCGUCGCCGACUGGAGCCGCACACACGUCUUCAACCCGCGCUGGCCCCCGCACGCCAAAUUCCACAACGGACAGACCAUGGCCAUGGGCGCGUCGUUGGCCUUGGGCACCUUGUACUACACUUGGCGCGUGCCGGGUCGCCAUCUCCAUCUCCACCUCAAGGCGGGCCGGGAGGGAGCCCUUCUGCGUGACAACGACGAUGGCAGCACCACGGACACGGACGUGGACACGAAGCGCGAGUUGGAAAAAGAAUCAAUCAGGAUCGCCACGCUGCUGGGCAGUUUGUACUUUGUCACGGCGCUGGCGGCCUGGUUCUUCCCAGGCAGUCUGGCCGUGGAUCCAGAGUUUGGCACCGGGUUCCCUCAGUUUCCGAUGUUCUCGGGCCUGUUGAUCCUGGCGUGGGUGGGAGGAUGGCUCGAGUUGACCAGGUUGGAGGGUCUGGACACCAAGCACGGGAAGAAGAGAAUCUAG